UAAAGCUACUAAUUAAAAUCUAAGAGAGUCAAAGGCAUCACAAGCAAAGCAAAUCGCAGAUAAGAGAGAGAGAGGGAGAGAUUGGAAUCUGAAACUGACCAUCGAGAUUUACGUUUCUCCGUUUUCGUCACGCCGAAGCUUCCCCUCCUUCACCAGAAACCCACCCAAAGCUUUUAGCAGCUCUUUCUCUUUCUCUUUCUCUCUCUUCUGACUGUUCUAUCACUGAAUCUGUGUUUAAUGGCGAUUCCAGAUUCUCUACUCUUUUCCGCUUUCGCCUUUCGCUCAAUCUUCUUCUUCACGAAAUGCCGUUGCUGAAAAAGUGAUACUCUCCUCCACUCACUUAUCCUUUCCUCUUUUGCAUUUAUUCCACUCCCACUCUUCUUCUUCUUCUUCGAUCAGCUUCCAAUGCUUCUCCUCUGAACCCACCUCAAAGGUCUCUCUCUCUCUCUAUAUAUAUAUAUAUCUCUCACUUUUGAUUUAUUAGCUUCGCUUCUUAAUACUUAAUACUAAAAGAUUUCUUCUUUGUUUUCAAUUUCGACUUCUCUGUUUUUGCUUAGCUGGAUUAAAUUUCCUAAAAUGUUCAUCUGUAGAUUGCAGAUCUGGUUAUCAGGUGAACGAGCAAUAAACUUUGAUGUGAGUGAGCCUAAAAGAUUUGAUGAUGAGGAUCGUUGCAGCCUUCGUUUUCCUUUUGGUCUCCCCAUUUGUUUCACCCACAGACAUAGACACAGACAAGCAAGCCCUUCUCGAGUUCGCAUCCCUCGUUCCCCACGUGCGCAAACUCAACUGGAACACAACAAUCCCAAUCUGCACAUCCUGGACAGGCAUCACCUGCUCCAAGAACAACGCCCGUGUAACCGCCCUCCGUCUCCCUGGCUCCGGACUCUACGGACCUUUACCAGAGAAGACGUUUGAGCAGCUUGACGCUCUCAGGAUCAUCAGCCUCCGUUCCAACAACCUCCAAGGGAGCAUCCCGUCUGCUAUCCUCUCUCUUCCUUUCAUCAGAUCUCUCUACUUUCAUGACAACAACUUCUCUGGCUCCAUCCCUCCCGCUCUCUCUCCUCGCCUUGUGAAUCUUGAUCUCUCCGCCAACUCGCUCUCUGGAAGCAUCCCCGGGACUCUAAGGAACUUGACUCAGCUCACUGAUCUCAGCUUGCAGAAUAAUUCUCUCACUGGGCCUAUCCCUGACCUCCCUCCUAGCUUAAAGUACUUGAACGUGAGCUACAAUAGCCUUAACGGCUCAGUUCCUUCUUCUGUCAAGUCCUUCCCAGCAUCUGCGUUUCAAGGCAAUACCCUUUUAUGCGGCGGUCCUCUAACUCCAUGUCCGGAGAACACCACUUCACCAUCUCCAUCUCCUUCCCCGACUCCACCAGGUACAAGCAAAAGAGUUCUCUCUACUGCUGCUAUUGUCGGCAUUGCAGUUGGAGGUUCGGUUCUGUUAUUCAUCCUUCUCGCCAUCCUAACCCUCUGCUGCGCCAAGAAGAAAGACAACGGGCAAGAGAGCAGCACCACCGCGGCGCCGAAAGCCAAACCAGGGAGGAGUGACAACAAGGCGGAGGAGUUCGGGAGCGGGGUCCAGGAGGCGGAGAAGAACAAGCUUGUCUUCUUCGAAGGAAGCUCAUACAACUUCGACCUCGAGGACUUGCUCAGAGCCUCUGCUGAAGUUCUAGGAAAAGGAAGCUACGGGACAACGUAUAAGGCUAUAUUAGAGGAAGGAACCACUGUGGUGGUGAAGAGGCUUAAAGAAGUAGCGGCUGGGAAAAGAGAGUUCGAGCAGCAGAUGGAAGCUGUGGGAAGGAUCAGCCCGCACGGGAAUGUAGCUCCUCUCCGUGCUUAUUACUUCUCUAAAGACGAGAAGCUCCUCGUGUAUGAUUACUACCAAGGAGGCAACUUCUCCAUGCUUCUUCACGGAAACAACGAAGGAGGAAGAGGUGCAUUGGACUGGGAACAAAGGCUAAAGAUCUGUUUAGGAGCUGCAAAAGGAAUAGCUCACAUACACUCUUCAUCCGGUGCCAAGCUCCUCCACGGUAACAUCAAAUCACCAAACGUCCUCUUAAUGCAAGACCUCAACGCCUGCGUCUCGGACUACGGCAUAGCUCCUCUGAUGAGCCACCACACCUUGCUCCCAUCAAGAAGCUUAGGAUACAGAGCGCCUGAAGCCAUAGAGACACGGAAACACACUCAAAAAUCCGACGUGUACAGUUUUGGCGUGCUGUUGCUCGAAAUGCUGACGGGGAAAGCGGCAGGGAAGACGACGGGGCACGAGGAAGUGGUGGAUUUGCCCAAGUGGGUGCAGUCGGUGGUGAGAGAGGAGUGGACUGGGGAAGUGUUUGACGUGGAGCUUAUAAAGCAGCAGCACAACGUUGAGGAAGAGAUGGUGCAGAUGUUGCAGGUGGCGAUGGCUUGUGUGUCGAAGCAUCCGGAUUCUAGGCCUUCCAUGGAGGAAGUUGUUAACAUGAUGGAGGAGGUAAGGCCUUCAAAUGGCUCUGGUGCUGGCUCUGGCAACAGGGCCUCUUCGCCUGAGAUGAUCAGAAGCUCUGAUAGCCCGGUUUAGAUUGGUUAUUAUUUUCUUUCUGAAAUCAUUAUUUAUUUCGACUUUUUUACUUCUUUGGGAAUAAACCUUUUCGUAGUUGACUAAUUCAGCAUGUGAUUUGUUCUAAUCAUUACCUGGAAAAGUAGUGUAAUUGAAACUCUCUAUCUUUAGUCCUCAGAUUGUUCUUUUUUUUU